AGUUUAUACAAAACCCGGAAAUAAACCAGAGCGCCAUAUUUAACUUGAAUGUAAACAAACCAGCAUGUGUUUAUGGCCCUGCCUGUGUAUCAUAGAAUUCCUGCCUUACGUGUGCCUUGUGACAGUGCCAGUGUAUGGAGCGUUCGUUGGUGUCGACGUCAUUCUUCGAUUUUCCCUGCUUCUGUACAUCCACAGUGUCAUUGUUGAGUACAUUCCAAGAUCAUUGUUUUCCUUCGUCCCGUAUCUCCAGUUUGGCCUCCUGGUGCUUCUGGUGUUCCUUCCCAUCAAUCUCACUCCAUGGCCAAUCGUGUGGCUGUAUGACAAGUUGCUAUGGGCAACGGAACCACUCUUGCUUCUAGCUGAAGUGGUGCUGGUACAGAACUUUGUGAUGCGAUGCAGCCAGAAGGUUGUGGAUAAGAUCGAAGAUGAGAGAGCAGAAGAGGGGUUUAAGUGGAAGUGCGUGAUCAUUGGCGUCUCCGUGCUGUGUUACGCUGUUGCUGUGAGGUUGCUGUGGGAGAUGUACAGUGAAGGAUCAUCGGUACAGUUGUGGCUGGUGUUUGUCGUACUUCUGCUGUUGGUGGCUGUACACAACAUGAUGUGGAUGGCCCAGGAAGGUAUCAUAAGCGACGCGGCCUUCUGUACCCUGUGCACUGUCGUGGUGUUGUAUGCCAUGCUGGAGGAGACGUCACACAUCCGAGCACCGCUGCAGCCCCCGCCUUCAUGGAAGAGAUCCUACAGCAAGUCUCUGGCCGACAUCUUGAUCUCCAUUGUCAACAUGAGGGCAGAUGCUGCAAUGAAGGCUGUGUUGUUCUUCAAGAAGUUCCUGUCACCGUUCUUCCUCCUGUCUGUCAUCGUCCGCCUGUACUGCAUCCUUUUCAUCGUGGACAAGGUCACCAAGAACUUCACUCAGGGGGAUAACAACGUCACCCUGCUGGACGACGCUGAUGCUGACGAGUCCAUGCUGUCCAUGUCGCCAUGGAAAUCCCCUCUCAUCCUCCGGCUGUCCGUCAUCUACAUGUUCACACAGCUGACGACCAUCUUCCUGUCGGAGUGCAGCGGUGGCUUCCUGUCUGGCUUCUCCUGGCUUCUUGGGCCGCACAGCGUCUGGCCCACACAGAUCCUCCUGGGUCGUGUGUUCCAGGUGGCCACGGUCAGCGGCUUCUACAUGUGGAGGCUCUACUGUGCGGACGACUGGACGUGGUCAGAAUGGCUGACCCCUUGAGUGCUGAUCCCUGAGUGCUGAACCCUUGAGUGGGCGAUCCCCUGAGUCCUGUUGUAAUUAAUUGUAGAAUGAGUGAAGGAGUAAGCAUCUUCCCGAAGCAAGAGAGCAAGUCCAGUUUCCACCCUUGCUGAACUAGGCUAGAAGUACUGGGCUCGAUCAUAGCGCCACCAGUGGCUACUUAUGUCCCCUCUAAGCCUCU